GCAAGUUACUAUGACUACAGGGGCAUCUCAUCCUGCAGGGAACCAUUCAGCAGGCUCUGAGUCCAUUCCUUAUACUAUGGAAUCCUCCCUGCCGGAUAUUCUACAUUCGCACAUGGUGCCUCGUAUACCGCCUGCACGGCCCAACCAACACAGACAUCACCGGAGUAGAAAUCGGCGGAAUGAAGAGGGAUCAAGUGCAGGGAACAGGCAUCGGCCGAGGACUCAUUCAGACAGGACAGGCAGGCACCAGGUGCCUUCUUCAAGAACUCAGUCUUCUUCUUCAUCCCAGACACAGGAGAACUCUUGUAAAGAGCCGUGUGUCAAGUGUGUUGUUACGGUAACAUCCUUCCGAUGGGUCCUGAUUGUUCUAUCUGUACUUGGAGUAUCGUGUGUUACUGCUGGCAUAGUUUUGGCGGCUCUGCAUCCAGCAGUGGGCACCAGUCUCCUGUACCUUUCUGUGAUGUUUAUUGGGUUAGGUGUUCUUCUUGUCAUUGUUGUGGGAGUCGGAUGGAAGUGCACACCAAGAGGGCAUGAGCCAUUGCAUGCUCUGUUUGGUAUUGGGAACUUCCGACAUCAUCGGCGCACUAGAGAAGGUCGGCAUGGUCGAUACAGACAUCGGGACAGAAAUUGGUUUGGAGGAAUGCUAUAUCCGGAGUUUCAGUACCGACGUCCACCACCAUCGUAUGCAGCUUCAAUGCAGGAUUACCAGACUCAGGUAUCACAAGAACAAGAUGACAAUAGUUUGCCCAGUUCCCCGCCUCCUUCGUAUCGUUCCAGAGCUUCCACUGCUCACUCAGGGAUUCACAUGGCGUUCCCCCAUAACCUGGACGGGGACCACCCAAACUCCAGACCACCGACAUACAGGUCUCGAGCCCCAUCUCGACGGCCAUCGAUCCCACAAGAAGUUGGAUCUGAUCAAACUGUUUUGGAGAGCGAGCAUGAAAACGGAGUGCCCCGGGAUAUUUCAUUUUUGGGGUCUUCCCAUGUACAAAUCUCUUCAGAUGGUGAGCAGACAAGCAGAGUUAUAGUAUCUUCUGCUUCUCCUUCCUAUUCACACAUUCCACUAUCAGAGUUAGCAACAAAAGAAAUGCCUUCAGACCAAUUCACUUCUUCCAUGCAAGAUUCCUCGAUGCCUUCUGUCUCGCAAGUCUAUACAGUGCCUUUAAGAAGAAGCAACCAAAGUGAUGUUCAUAACAGAGACACACACCUCAGUACUCCUAACUUAAAUUCAGAUUUAACUCUUUCUGCAUCAUUACAAGUAAAUCAGCACGGUUCAACAACAGACAGCCACAGUGCUCAAAGACAGCCGAGCCAUCACCAGCGGAUGGCAUCUGAAGACCGACAUGUUCUGGAACAAACAUUGCAGUCGUUAGAAGAGCAUAUGAAUGAGAGUACGGGAAUUACGAAUGAAGGUGCCAGUUUUGAUGAGCAAGAUCGAGUGGUACAUCAUGUGAACACAUAUUUAUAA